AGUAGAGUAAGUAGUUAAUACAUUCAAUUCGUUAAAUUGAAAGUGAUAAGCGGAUGGAUUGACAUUUUAUUAUAUUAUUAAUAAAAUGGCUCAAAAUAAGAUUAAAUUCGCAUUUACUUAUAAUUUACUUAACAAGAAGAAAGUUGCUUUAUAUGGCAGUAGAUCAUUGGGUACAUGGUGGCCUCAUGUAAAAAUGGGCCCACCAGAUGCAAUUUUAGGUCUUACAGAAGCAUAUAAAAAAGAUCAAAAUCCAAAUAAAGUUAAUUUAGGAGUUGGUGCUUAUCGAGAUGAUAAUGGUAAACCAUUUGUUUUACCAAGUGUACGAAAGGCAGAAGAAAAAAUUAAAACUAAAAAUAUGGAUAAAGAAUAUGCACCAAUUGCAGGAAGUUCAGAUUUUUGUAAACAAAGUAUUAAAUUGGCACUUGGUGAUGACAGUGAUAUUAUUAAAAAUGGUUUAAAUGCUACUGUUCAAGGAGUUUCUGGUACAGGUUCACUUUAUAUUGGAUCACUUUUUUUAUCGCAAUUCUUUUCUAGUAAUAAAGAAAUAUAUGUACCAAAACCUACUUGGGGAAAUCAUAGUCAAAUAUUUAGACUUGCAGGGCUUCCAAUGAAAUUUUAUCGUUAUUAUGAUCCAAAAACAUGUGGAUUAGAUUUCAAUGGUGUUUUAGAAGAUUUAUCUAAAAUACCAGAAAAAUCUAUUGUUCUUUUUCAUGCUUGUGCUCAUAAUCCCACUGGUGUUGAUCCUAAUCCAGAUCAAUGGAAAGAAUUGGCUGAAAUAGUAAAGAAGAGAAAUCUCUUUCCCUUUUUUGACAUGGCAUAUCAAGGGUUUGCUUCAGGUAGUCUAGAUAAUGAUGCUUUUGCUGUUAGAUAUUUUGUGAAAAAUGGAAUUGACAUUAUGUUAGCCCAGUCAUAUGCAAAAAAUAUGGGUUUAUAUGGUGAACGUGUAGGAGCAUUAUCGAUAAUUACAUCCAACAAAGAAGAAGCAGAUCGUGUUCUUUCACAAUUGAAAAUUAUAAUUAGACCAGCAUAUUCCAAUCCACCAAUUAAUGGUGCUAGAAUUGUUAAUGAAAUCUUAAACGAUUCUGAAUUAAAAAGACAAUGGCUUACUGAUGUAAAGACAAUGGCUAACCGUAUUAUUUCUAUGCGUCAAACAUUGACUAAUAAUCUUAAAAAAUGUGGUAGUUCUCGUGAUUGGUCACAUAUUACAAAUCAAAUUGGAAUGUUUUGUUUUACUGGUCUUAAAACUUCUGAGGCAGAAAAACUUACAAAGGACUAUAGCAUUUAUUUGACAAAGGAUGGUAGAAUAUCUGUGGCAGGAGUAACAACAAAAAAUGUAGAUUACGUUGCACAAGCUAUGCAUGAUGUUACAAAAUAAUUAAAUAAUUAAAUAUUUCUACGUUUCAUCAAAUUUCU